GCCCCGGAGUCAGAGGGACUUUCCUCCAUCCUCCCUGCACUCAACUGCUUGCAGCUCACCUCCAGUAACCCUUCUCUCCAUUUGUAUCUCGGCUUGAGAGGAGCAGCCAUGGCUCUGCAGUCAUGUACUAAAUCCAUCGGAGGCAGCAAAAGAGGCUAUAGCUCGUGCUCUGCCAUUGGUGGUGGCGGUGGAGGGGGGAGCAGAGUCAGGAGCAGCUACAGCUCGUAUUCCUCCCGGGGCUAUGGAGGUGGUGGACGGUGUGGUGGUUUCAGCAGCAGGAGCUAUGGUGGAGGUGGAGGCGGAAGGAUUUCCUCUGGGUUUUAUGGCGGAGGAUAUGGCUGCCGAGGUGUUGGCUUUGGUGGUGGGGCGAUGGGUUACGGAGGAGCUGGUGGCUAUGGAGGAGGAGGAAGCUGCAUUGUAGGAGGACUAGGUGGCUAUGGAGGAGGCAUGGGAGGUGGCUUUGGUGGAGAUGGCUUCGGUGGUGGUGGCAUGGGACCAGUGAUGGGCAGUGGACCUGUGGGUGGCUUUGGCGGUGGCAGUAGAGGAUUUGGUGGCUUUGGUGGACCUGGGAGUGGUGGCCCUGGGUUCCCUAGAGGCAUCCAACCUGUUCAGGUGGAUCCCAGCCUCCUGCAGCCCGUCCAUGUGGAGAUUGACCCCCAGAUCCAGCAGGUGAAGCAACAUGAGAAGGAGCAGAUCAAGACCCUCAACAACAAGUUUGCCACCUUCAUCGACAAGGUCCGGUUUUUGGAGCAACAAAACAAGGUUCUGUCCACAAAGUGGGAGCUCCUCCAACAGCAAGGACAUAGUGGUCCAAGGAAGGACCUCAGCAGCCUCUUUGAAAAUUAUAUCCAAAACUUGAGGAGGCAGCUGGACUCUAUCCAUGGUCAGAGAGGACAGCUGGAGUCAGAACUGCAGAACAUGCAAAACUAUGUUGAAGACUACAAGAACAAGUAUGAAGAUGAAAUCAACAGGCGCACGGCUGCCGAGAAUGAGUUUGUGGUGCUGAAGAAGGAUGUGGAUUGUGCCUACAUGACUAAAGUAGAUUUGGAAGCAAAGGUGCAAGCCCUGAUUGAUGAAAUCAACUUCCUGAGAUACGUGUAUGAAGAGGAGCUGUCUCAGAUGCAGACGAUAAGUCGUGACUUGUCUGUGGUGGUGUCUAUGGAUAACAGCAGGCACCUAGAUAUGGACAGCAUGAUUGAUGAAGUCAGGCGUCAAUAUGAAGACAUUGCUCGGAGCAGCAGAGCAGAAGCUGAGGCAUGGUACCAGAGCAGGUAUGAAGAACUGCAGACCACGGCGGGACGACACGGAGACAACCUGCGUAACACCAAGCAAGAGAUCCAGGAGCUGACCAGGUGUAUCCAGAGGCUGCGAUCGGAGAUUGAGAACGUGAAGAAGCAGGUAAGGACUGUGGGCUCUUCAUCCACACCGCG